GGCACCAAGAGCUUAAAUAAAAAAGUUCAGCUGCACUUCCUUCUAGUGGACACUUCAGUUUCAUACAGCGGUCAGGCACGCAGCAAUGAGCCGAGAUCUGCAAGGUGGUAAGGAAUAUGGCAUCCUUAAAGCACAGCAGGAGGAGCGACUGGACUCAAUAAACAAGGAAUAUUUAGAUGAUCCUAAAUACUGCAAUGAAGAAGACCUUGCAGAAAAACUGGAAGCCUAUAAGAAGAAGUACAUGGACUUUGACUUAAAUGAUAAAGGUGAUAUAGACAUGAUGGGCCUGAAAAGGAUGCUGGAAAAGCUGGGUGUGGCCAAGACUCAUUUGGAGCUCAAAAAGAUGAUAUCUGAAGUGACAGGAGGAUUUGGUGAAACCAUCAGCUAUAAAGACUUCAUCUGCAUGAUGCUGGGGAAGAAAUCAGCCAUUUUAAAACUAAUCCUGAUGUUUGAAGACAAAGGCAAAGAGCCUGAGAAACCCGCUGGCCCUCCACCAAAGAAGGGGAUUGCUGACUUGCCAUAGAUGUCCUAACAAAUGCUGCAACAAAAAAGUGCCAUGUUUCACCUGAAGUUCUAUACAGCAAUGGAAGAGCACUUCUAUUAAGUGAAAAAUACCUCUCCCACCUUCCCUAAACCAUAAAUCUGAGCUUACCAUCACCAUAUCAAAACACAGCAUUUUAGAAGUAUCUUAUCACUGUAUUUCUCACAGGAUUCUUUGCAGUCUUUUCUCUUUUAAGUACAGUUGCUGGCACAAAGACUGACUCCAGAUGUAGCCAUGCUUGAAAUUUAUGAAUUUGUAAAGCUAUUUAAAAAUCCUGCUAAAAUAAAACAUUAUUGUAACUUGGUGGAAUUAUUAAGCGACUGAAAGCACAGUAAAGCAAAGCCAAAAGAAAAUGGACCAGACCUGAGAAGCACUGUUCCGAAGUGUGCACUAAUUACCAUAUGAAACUCAUCUUGUAACAAUCUAUUUGUUCAUGUUAAAUAAAAGUUAUUACUUUUGCACAAA